CACAAUAUUACUUUAUUUGUCUUUAAAGAUGCUACUCAAAUGUAUGUAUAAGUUGUAUAUUUGAAAGUAAUUUUUCUGUACUUUAUUUUCCAUUAUUUAAAAGCUAUCUUUUUAGUAAAAUGUAGAUAUUAUCAUUGAAAAAGUUUUUAAAGGACUAUUAACAAAUAACGAAUUGUGCAUAUUUUAAAUAUUUAAAAUCAAAAUGAUUACGAUACCCAUAAAAAAUAAUAGUUGGUUUGUAGGCAUCUGUGUUUUAUCAGUGAACUUUUUGUCUUUUACUGCAAAUGUCGGUACUCCCAUGGACCUCGCCGUUUCUUCCCAAGUUAAAUGGACAUGUAGACCCCAACCAGAACCCAUUGCAAAGGCCAAUCACUCUACUAGAAGAAUCGUGGAUAAGUUCUCUGUAUAAUUUGGGAGCAUUAUGUGGGCUCUUUUUUAUCGGAAUAACAAGUGAAAAACUUGGACAGAAGAUGGCGCUUAUUUGUUUUUCAAUACCAAUUUUGAUUUCUAAUAUUUUGUUGAUUACUGCUCAUACAAUAAUUGAAUUUUAUAUAGCGCGUUUUUUAUUAGGAGUUGGAUCAGCAUCUGUAUUUACAAUAUUACCUUUGUACGUCGCAGAAAUUAUAGAUGUCCAUAACAGGGGAAAAGCUGGAAUGGUCAUGCCCCUAACGGCAGCAUUAUCCCAUAUUGCAGUUGUAUCCGUAGGCCCUUACGUUACUAUAAGCACAUUUGCAUGUUUAAGUCUGAUACCAACUUUUUUAUUUUAUAUUAUAUUUGUACCAUUUGUGCCUGAGAGUCCUUAUUACCUUGUUAAAUGUAAUAAAAUGUUAGAAGCAGAAAAAUCUUUAAAAAAAUUACGAAAACGGGAAAAUGUUAAAAGUGAAUUAUUAGAAAUUGUUAAAAAUUUCAAGGAAACAAAAAACAACAGGCUCGUUUAAAGAAAUAAUGAGCUCUAAAACAGUAAAAAAAUCAUUAAUAAUUGGCCUCGGAUUAACUCUAUGUUCCCAACUAACUGGAGCUGUACCAGUUACAGCUUAUCAACAAGAAAUUUUUAGUCUUGCCGAUAACGUUGUCCCAAGCCAUAUAUCUGUCAUAAUAGUAGGUAUUUUCCAGCUUUUUGCUACAAUUCUUGUAUUAAGUAUUAUAGACAAAGUUGGUAGAAAAAAGCUAUUUCUCUAUUCAUAUAUUGGCCUUUUUUUAUCUUUGAUAACUCUUGGAAUAUAUUUCUUUUUACAAGAAAAUGAUUUCAAUCUAGAUUCCAUCUUCUGGUUGCCGUUGGUGUGUAUAAUUAUACACCAGGCGUCCUUUAGGCUUGGCGCUGGACCGGUAUGUUGGACGGUUGUUGCUGAAAUUUUUCCAUCGAAUUUAAAAGGGGAAUUAAGUUCAAUUGUAGCAGGUGAAUUGGUCAUGUUGGGUUUUAUUACUUCUAUGAUAUAUCCACUCAUGACUGUUGCGUUAGGAGUAUCAUGGACAUUUCUGAUUUUCGGUGGUGCAACUGGUUUAUCCAUCUUAUUUACUUGGUUAGUAGUUCCAGAAAUUAAAGGAAAAUCGUUUCUUGAAAUUCAGGAAAUUUUAAAUAAAUAGUAAAGUAAAUUUGAUUAAAAAUAUCUCAAAUAUAUUGUAGGUUAACGUACUUAAUAAAUAAUAGUAAUAAUAAUAAUAAUAAUA